AUGCCUCAGCCUGGCCUACCUUUUUCCCUUGCCCUUCCAUUAAGAAGAGGUUUGUUGCCCUCCUUCGUAUGUGUCUCGAGCCUUGUCCUCGCUCUGGAUGACACUGCCAUGGAUCGGUACCCUCUUCGAGAUGCCAUUGACGGCGGUCAGGGACACCCCAAUAACCCUUACCUGAACCACUCUCUGCCAUCCCAGUCGACAGUCAAUGAUUCGCCAUACAUAGCAUAUCCUGGACCGGGCCGACCCCCGCCACCACCUCCCGAUACCCCCUCAUCGACCCCAAGCAUUCCAAGACGUCCACCCCCAUCUGUUCCUCUUCCGAACCUGAGAGGGUUUGGAAGUGGAUCAAACGAUGAAGGCCCCAACCCUUCUGCCCCGCUAUCGAUGGGUGGCAUAGAGCGUGCGUUGCCAACAGACUCUGAAAGUCUUCUCGAUGGAGAGAGCAGCAUAUCGGACGAUCAUACAUUCGUUGGUUCUAGCUCAGACCACCAUGGAGAUGCUAAGUUGCGGUACAAGAAAGGUCUUGAAGUGAUAUCGUACAUUAAAGAGAAGAGUCACUACACUGAAGAUGCAUCUCAGAUUAUUCAGCGAUUGCAGAUGGCAGCGGAUCAGAAGCUGAAGAGAAGUUAUAUCAGUGGAAUACCAGCGCUUGACAAUUAUGACACCGCACCAGUAAUCAAAGUUGGCAUUGUGUUCCUCCCUGGCGUUGACAGGCCUACAGUCACCCAGUUAGAACAAGGUAUGCAGUCCCCGGUACAAAUGCAAGUCUCUUUCUCGUACUUUGAUCAAGAGAGUUGCUACCGAAACGCUUCACGAAAAGCGUUUUACCGAAAACUUUCCAAAGUCGCAAUAGAACACAUACUCACUAUACCUCCAGACAUGCUAAUGGGUGACUAUAAGCCGGAUCAAAUGACUUCCGAAUGGAGAGUCAACACAGCAGGACACUUGCUAUGGGAUUUUGAAGUCCGACAAGAUCUUAGGGUCAUAUCUAGAGACACCACUCCUCAGGUGCUUAAGCAUGCUAGAGCCAGGAGAGACAAGAUGCUCCCGUCUUUUAUUCCUGGACAGAAAACGGAAGCACUCGUCAUCUCGGGUAGAGAGAAAAGACCGGCGGUCAAUAUUGACAGUGACGAGGUCACGCUCGUGCAGGACUUACGAUAUUACCAAGGCCAAUUUGAUCUAGAGAGUACCUUGAUUGAAGUUGAUUCCACCUCAAUGGUGAGCUUGCUAGUUAACUUCCAGCUCAUUAUCCAAAACAGGAACGCGGCUCAGGACCUUGAUGAGACUAGAAAGCUACUUGAAGCGAUGAUGGAAGACGUGCGCAGACUUUGCACUCGUAGUGCUAUUUUGUUUCGAAUGUCUACGCGCGUCAAGAUCAUCACCUCCAAGGACAUUCGCUAUGGAGUAAACAACGGUCGAGAGUUCACGACGCUUACCACAAGCAAGGGUAUCAGGAAGAUAAUCAAUCUUUCAUCUGCAUACUACACAUCCCUCGAUCCUUCGGACAAGGUACAGCAACUGCUCAGACCACGCUUUCUUCAAAUGCUAGUUCUCCUGCUUUCAUUCCUCAACGACGAUGACCUUCAAAAUAUCCGAGAAUUCCUGGAGAAAACCUUUCACUUCCGAGCCGAUCGACCCAGCAUGGAGUUGCUAUUCCUCAAGGUAAUACCAUUCUAUUCGAUCAAUUCUCACGUGUUCCUCACCUCGAUGGUUCCAGCGUUCGAAGGCUGGUCUCCUAGGAAGCCAGAUAACCAGGAUCAUACCUACUACUGGGAGACCUUUAUAACCCGCAUCGCACCCCUGGGUUAUAUCCUUCCCGGUACCGUUGACCAGCUUUGUCGAGCGCAGAAGUCCUGGAUUGUUCAGUGGCCAGAGAAGGGCUUCAAAGACUCGCUGGCCUUUCGCAACCUCCAAUACGGCGCACUCGACCACAUGAGAACCUUCAAUGAUAUCCCGCCCAUUGAGAGAGACCACGAGGGCCGUAAUGAAAAUACGCUGUUGAACGCCAUCUUCACAGACGGCAAACAGUAUCUGAUCCGAGUUGCAGACUAUGAAGGUAUUCUCUGCGUGCGUAAAGGCGUCUACACGGCCCAAGAAGUCGACAUUAACGGCCAACGGUACGACCUCAUCAUCGAGGAAAGUACUCUCAACGAUGCCACUUAUCAAGCCGUCGAUCACAUUAACGAGGUCAUCCGGCGUGUGAACCACUGGCUCACAGGCUUCAAAGGACAAGCUCUACGCCGCCGCGGCACAAUCUUCAAACACGUAAAAGUUCCUGGUAUGGCUCGUCCAGAUAUCGAAAUGCUUGAGGAACUCCGUGUGACCGGUCGUCUGAACCGCUUCCGGGCUACACUUGGGAACUCCGAUCUGGCUAUUGCUUACAAGCUCGACAAGCGCAAAAUCACGCUCGAGGACACGCUGGCGAUCCUCGCGCGCAACAAUCAGGAAAUCCAGAGCGUGGUAGAUUACUACCAAUCGCGACUUCAGAGCUAUGGAUCUGCCUUCAGCGCAGAAACGCUCCGCAAAAUCACCAGCACGCUCAACACCGUGACCGCCGAAAUCGGCAUGGCGGAAGCCAUUCGACAACGCAUCGCCUCCGACCCUGCCAUCUCCGACGAGCCUAUCGUCACGUUGAUUGAGCCUCCAGGCGGAACGUUCUAUUCCAAUCCGAUCUGGAAUGACUACAAAGUUGGGUUGACUGCGGGCAAUAUGCUGACGAUUGAAGCCAAGAAGAGUUAUGUGACGGGAGUGUACUGGGACCAAGAGAUUGUAGUCACAUUACAUAAUGAUGCGAACCAGUAUAUCGUUGUGCCGUUAGAAUAUGUGGAUGAGAAGGAUCGUGAUGACCAGGUGCAAGAUGGAGAUGUUGCAGUGCUAGCAGGGCAGUAUAUGAUCCUUGCUGAGCCCGUUGAAGAAGAGGGGACGGAUGCGCUGAUCAUGUCGAAUUAUCUCAAGAUCGUCCGUGUUGAGCAGGGGACGAAGAUUUCUAAGCGACAACAACGUAGGAUGCAAACUAUUGCCAUGAGUAGGUCGGUGUUUGUGUAG